UGUGAAUUGCUUUGGCAAGGCUUACAUCCCGCUAACUAACGUUAGCAGUUAUUUAGCUUUUCAAAGCAAUGCAAGCCCAGCUUUUCUUUUGUGUCUUUGGUCAUGGGCUUGAAUGGCGCUUUGUCAGUUGAGAUUCAUAUCGUUUGCUAUGUACAUAAAAAGAACAGAUUUGAAGGAGACCAGGAUGCUGCGUCUGCGUUGCAAGGCCAAAAACGGCACCCAUCUGAUGCAGGGCCUCACACAUCAAUCAUGCGUCCAGGAGCUGAAAGACAAGGUGGAGGAGUUGACCGGGAUCUCGUGUGAUGUCCAGAAAAUUAUGGUGGGCUACCCUCCCUCCAGCCUUGACUUUCGCAACGGAGACGCCACCCUAAAAGACUACCCCAUCAAAUCAGGUGACACGCUCAUUGUAGAGGAGGAGAAGAACAAGCCUAAGCCCCAGACACCUGCAGCUCCCAAUAACACGACCAAGGGCCCCUCCCUGGACUUCACCGUGCCGACGCUGGAGCGCAGAGUGGUUCCAGCCGACAACUCCUGCCUGUUUACCAGUGUGCACUACGUGGUGGAGGGGGGCGUGUACGACCUGGCGUGCGCCCCCGAGAUGCGCAGCCUCAUAGCCCAGAUCGUUGCCAGCGACCCGACGGCCUACUCGGAGGCUGUGCUGGGCAAGACCAACGAGGAGUACUGCGCCUGGAUCCGGCGCGAGGACACGUGGGGCGGCGCCAUCGAGGUGUCCAUCCUGUCCAAGUUCUACCAGUGCGAGAUCUGCGUGGUGGACACGCAGACGGUGCGCGUGGACCGCUUCGGUGAGGACGCCGGCUACCACAAGCGCGUGCUGCUCAUCUACGACGGCAUCCACUACGACCCGCUCCAGAAGGUGGUAGCCGGCUCGGACGCGCCGCCCCAGACGGUGUUCCCCACGGUGGACGACGUGACGCUAGCGCAGGCCCUGGAGCUGGCGGACGAGGCCCGGCGGAAGCGGCAGUUUACGGAUGUCAACCGCUUCGCGCUGCGCUGCAUGGUGUGCCAGAUGGGCCUGGUGGGACAGAAGGAGGCGCGGCAACACGCCAAGGAUACCGGGCACACCAACUUUGGGGAGGUGUGAGGGUAGAAGGAGCGAGAAAAAGGGGAUGGCCUGCUGAUCUUACCACCCAGCCCUCCCCCAUUUAAACCUCACUCCCUUUACCUUCACAUCUACCAAUACCCCUUUUCUGCCCACCUUUGUGCUCACAUAAGCUCCCCCACUAGAGAACACUUAUCUCAGACCCCCUUCCCUCAUACCCCACCGCACCUAACAGCUACCUGUCCCAGUGUGUGCAGUCCUCUACCUCACAUUGCCCAGCAAAGCCAAGAGACGCUCCCUCAAUCACACUGUCUGGUCCCACCACGUCAGUAUUAAAACCAGUCAACCUUUCUCCUGAGGUGAAAGACUGCUGUUCAAACGUCCCUGUGGUGUUUUUAGUUUUGGAAAUCAGCUCAGUAUUGUAAGCUAACACAGACACACGCAAACACAUAAUGUCGGACCAUCUAUUGGUUCAAGCACGUAGGCUGAUGGAGAGAGGAGGUUUCUGUUGAAACCAAAACAAACACACAUACACGUACGCACAGCUGUCAUUCUAACACAGAAGGCCUUUAUCGAAGCAUCUCACUACACUGCUGUGAUACUACUGCAAAAGCCCUUGUGGCUGUCUUUGUGUGUCUUUGUGUGUGUGUGUGUGUGUGUGCGCUUGUGUGCGUGUGCGCUUGUGUGUGCAUGUGUGUGCGCGCGCCUGUGUGUGUGUGUGUGUGUGUGUGUGUGUGUGUGAGAGUGGGCGUGAGUGAGUUUUUUUGUCAUGUCUUGGACUUUCAAGAGCCUUCUUGACACCCAGGUUGGAGGCUCAACAUAAGUUCUCAGUAUCUGAUGGUACACUGAUUGCUGUUACUUGAAAAAUAAAACAAAAAAGUAGUCACUGAAGAUCAAAAAGAAACUGAGAAUUUAGUGAGUAAGAUGGACAAUUACUAGCUUUACGUGGCAUAAUUUUUUUUUCUUAUGAAAGAACUUCUAGAAAUGAGAUUUUUUAUGUUUACUGGACAAGGGAGCAUUAAUGAAUUCACUAUUUUCUUUGAUGCAGACCACCAAGGAUGGCAAUGGUGCUACAAGUUAAAGUUCUCAGUCUCAUUUUAUAAAUGUUUUACAUUUUUUGGUAAUUGUUUAUGUUUGGGCUUAGCCAUGAAACAGAAGCCAGCGAGUGAUGAUGGGCUUUCUGUGUAUUGUGAGGUUUUUUCUUUUUUUUUUAGUCUUUUUAGAUUUUUCUUUCAGUUUACCAAAAAAAUGUCAUGCAGGACCUUUUGCAAGCUUGGAUGAAAUAAUUGUUUUGGGUAAUGAUUUUAAAUCAGGGGAUAAUAAAGAGUGAUGUUGUUUGA